AUGCCCUCGCUUGUGGUCUCCGGUGGUAGCGCCCAGGUGAACUUAUUUUUCACCUCGAACGGCUCUCCUCUUCCUCCCCCUCUUUCUCGUGGCCGGGGUCACGCUCCGCGCUCGGUGGCUGCGCCUGUCCCUGCGUCUUUGGCACUUGGAGACGCGACUGAGGAGGAAUUUUGGGAGUUCCUGGAAUGGCGGGCACUGCGUGCUCGGUCCAGCGCGGCAGCUGGUCAGCGGAACGCCAAUCUUCCUCUCUACCUGGCCCCUGCCCCGGGUGAUGGCCGGAUGGCUUGA